AUGUGUAUUUCCAAACUCGGUCAAACAAUUUAUGGGGUUUUGGCUUUAACUAUUGUUGCUUUAACUUUGGCUUCAAUGUUUACCCCAGGUUGGCGCAAAAUAAAUGCAGAAGUGAAAGAAGGCGAAGACCGCAGCAAAAUAAUUAAUCAAACAAUUUCUUUGGGAAUUUUCCCUUUCUCGUGCGGGUGGGAGUUGGGGAAAUCUGAGUUGCAUUUGAAUAAGUCGGAGACUGAUGCUAAUUGUCAAAAGUGGUGGGAGGUAUGUUUUUGUGUUUUUUGUGUUUAUCUGCGGAUCUGA